CAGACAAGGCAGAUAGCUUAGAGCCGGAGCUCUGGGAAGUGAUGGUGGGACCGGAAUCUAAGGGAAUGAACUCCCUAGACUUGCACAGCUCCUUGAUCUUGGCAGCCUACCUCUUCAUCUUCCUCACCGGUCUCCCAGCCAACCUCCUGGCCCUGCGGGCCUUUGUGGGGCGGGUCCGGCAGCCCCACCCGGCGCCGGUCCACAUCCUGCUCCUCAGCCUGACGCUGGCAGACCUGCUGCUGCUGCUGCUGCUGCCCUUCAAGAUCGUGGAGGCGGCGAACAACUUCUACUGGCCGCUGCCCGAGAUCCUCUGCGCGCUCACAGCCUUCGGCUUCUACAGCAGCAUCUACUGCAGCACCUGGCUCCUGGCGGGCAUCAGCAUCGAGCGAUACCUGGGGGUGGCCUUCCCCGUGCAGUACAAGCUCUCCCGCCGGCCCCUCUACGGCGUGAUCGCCGCGCUGAUCGCCUGGGUCAUGUCCUUUGGUCACUGCACCAUUGUCAUCAUCGUUCAGUACCUGAACUCGACCACGCCGGCCACCAACGAGAGCACGUUAGUCUGCUACGACAACUUCAGCGAAGGGCAGCGGAGCGUGGUGCUCCCGGUGCGGCUGGAGCUGUGCCUGGUCCUUUUCUUCAUCCCCAUGGCGGUGACCAUCUUCUGCUACUGGCGCUUCGUGUGGAUCAUGCUCACCCAGCCCCACGUGGGGGCCCAGAGGCGCCGACGAGCCGUGGGGCUGGCCGUGGUGACGCUGCUCAAUUUCCUGGUGUGCUUCGGGCCUUACAACGUCUCCCACCUGGUGGGGUAUCACACCGGCAAGAGCCCCAAGUGGCGCAUGGAAGCCGUGCUCUUCAGCUCCCUCAAUGCCACCCUGGACCCCCUGCUCUUCUAUUUCUCCUCCUCCGUGGUGCGCAGGACCUUCGGCCACGGGCUGCAGGCGCUGCGCGACCAGGGCUCGGCCCUGUUCCGAUGCUGCGGUCGAGAGGCCGCACCGGGGACCAGUGCGGACAGGAGCGUGAACCAAACCGAGGGAGCGGCGAGUUCGGACUUCACCACAGACUCGUGA